GCCCUGAUAGUCCUCCCAGUGUUUUCAUCAGUGUCUCUUAUUAUAUACCCCACACGUUUGAAUCAUGUAUCUCCUUGAUGGUAAUUGCGUGGAAAGGAUGGAGCGGGGCACACCACAAAGAAAAACUGUCUACAGGAUCUCCCUCACCUUGGUAAAAAGGGAGACCUUGCAGGACGGCUCUGCGGUCCAUAGGCGCCCGGAGAACCCCAAGGUGAGUGCAUACCGCCGUGAAGGCUCAUCCGAAAUCCAGCGGAGCUGUCUCCUCGAAGAGGUCAAAGAAGUGGACGACGAAUCGGACGAAUUCUCCUCCCAGGCGUACCGAAACUUCCGGACUUUUAGCACCGGACAGCUGGAACUCAGUAGGUCGAAAUCUCGCAAGGUGCGCCGCUUGCGUAAAGAUAACUCCCUGGAUGCAACUGAAGUGUGCAUCCAGACAUCACCAGAGCACAAAAAGAAUGGAAUAAACAAUACAGACAGACUUGAGACUGAUGAAAGUGGGGGCAUUAAGAAGGCAGAACUGAUCCUUCCGACUUCCAGGAGCGCCGAAGAGCAGGUCAGCCACUGUUCCCAAGUGUCCAAAGAUAUAGAGGACGCACCAAAAGCUGACAAGCUGCCAAAAGACAGCAGCAUUGCAGCCCUUCUUGCCAAGGUGAAUGGAAAUGCCACCAAGCAAGUCCCCCAGACCCCACCAGCAAAGAGACACCCGAGCCUGCUGCGCCGUAGUUUCAGCUUUCGCCACUGGGCCGGCGGGGAGCUUCUGCGCCUCCGUGCCCUGUCCAAAGAGAAGCACCACAGCAGCUCGGGCUGCAUUGGCCGCGAUGAGACCCAGUCGCAGUCCGCCGUGAUCCUGCAAAACCCAGCUGUCGAGGAGAACGACACUUCGGAUAUGGACGAGGUAUUCUGCGAUUCAUACUCCCCAAAAGAGCAUAUUCGCAGGGAUCGUGCCCUGGCUAAAAACCGAACGCUGGACAACAGUGACCUUCUCAGGCUCUCUGAGAAACCUUUAGUGGAAAAGGAAGGCUUUCUGCGAGCGGCCGGCUCCCGUUCUAGUGGACAUGACCGCAGGCUUUUACGCUUCUUCAGUGGCAUCUUCUUGAAAAAGGAUGGCACAUCUACUCCAGUGAGCAGCCCCAGCAAUCGGAGUCUCCGCAAGAACGGCCUGCUGGCUUCCCAGAAAAGGGCCACGAUGGGCUGUUCUGAGUCCAGCUCUGAAAGUGUGAACGGCUUUCUGCGGGACGAUGCCUUUGUAAACAGUCAGGAAUGGACCCUGAGUCGAGCCGUACCAGACCUCAAAGUGGGUAUUGUUGGGAAUUUGGCCAGUGGAAAGUCAGCCCUGGUGCACAGGUAUCUGACAGGCACUUAUGUACAGGAGGAGAGUCCAGAAGCUGACGUUGAUGCAGGUGGACGCUUCAAAAAGGAGAUUGUAGUGGAUGGCCAGAGUUAUCUCCUCCUUAUCAGGGAUGAAGGGGGCCCUCCAGAGGCCCAGUUCGCGUUAUGGGUGGAUGCGGUGAUCUUUGUUUUCAGUUUAGAAGAUGAACUCAGCUUUCAGACGGUGUAUCACCACUACAGCCGCAUGGCCAACUACCGCAACACUGCUGACGUGCCCUUGGUGCUAGUGGGAACUCAGGAUGCUAUCAGUGCAGCUAACCCUCGUGUUAUUGACGAUGCUCGAGCACGUAAGCUUUCUAAUGACCUGAAGAGAUGCACGUACUACGAGACUUGUGCCACAUAUGGCCUCAACGUGGAGCGCGUCUUUCAGGAUGUGGCUCAGAAGAUCGUCGCAACCCGGAAGAAGCAGCAGCUGUCAAUCGGGCCCUGCAAGUCCCUGCCCAAUUCACCCAGCCACUCUUCGGUCUGUUCUGCACCCGUCGCAGCAGUACACAUCACUCAGACGAGUAAUGGAGGAGGCAGUCUGAGCGAUUACUCCUCGUCCGUACCCUCCACUCCCAGCACUAGUCAGAAGGAGCUGCGAAUCGACGUGCCACAGACAUCCAACACACCGACGCCAGUCCGGAAGCAGUCCAAACGCCGUUCCAACCUGUUCACGUCUCGCAAGGCGAGUGAACCAGACAAGGAGAAGAAAGGAGUGGAGGGUCGAGCGGACAGCAUCGGAAGCGGCCGCGCAAUCCCAAUUAAGCAGGGAAUGCUGUUAAAGAGAAGUGGCAAGUCUCUGAACAAGGAGUGGAAGAAGAAAUAUGUCACACUUUGUGACAAUGGUGUUCUUACCUACCACCCCAGCCUGCAUGACUACAUGCAGAACGUACAUGGGAAGGAGAUUGACCUGCUGCGCACUACGGUCAAGGUUCCAGGAAAAAGACCCCCCAGGGCUAUCUCUACCUGCGCUGCCCCGGGCCCCAAAACCAAUGGUCUUGCCAAAGACAUGAGUAACCUACAGCUGGCUCCUGCUCCAGGCUCCGUCAGCAGUAGCUCUUCAGUAUCCCAGAUGGCCAGUGGCAUCAGCCUGGUGUCGUUCAACACCCGGCCAGAUGGCAUGCACCAGCGCUCUUACUCUGUGUCCAGUGCCGAUCAGUGGAGUGAGGCUACAGUCAUCGCCAACUCGGGGGUCAGCACAGAUACUGGUCUGGGAGACUCGGUCUGCUCCAGUCCCAGUAUAUCCAGCACUACCAGUCCUAAGAUGGACCCUCCUCCAUCGCCGCACGCCAACCGCAAGAAACACCGCCGGAAGAAGAGCACCAGCAAUUUCAAAGCUGAUGUCUUCUCCGGUACAGCGGAAGAACAAGAGGAGAACUUUGAGUUCAUCAUCGUGUCUCUGACGGGCCAGACGUGGCACUUUGAAGCAACGUCGUAUGAGGAACGUGAUGCCUGGGUACAGGCCAUCGAGAGUCAGAUCCUGGCCAGCCUGCAGUCCUGUGAGAGCAGCAAGCAAAAGUCACGUCUGACCAGCCAGUCUGAAGCAAUUGCACUGCAGUCAGUCAGGAGCAUUAGAGGAAACUCGCGCUGUGUGGACUGUGAAGCACAAAAUCCUGAUUGGGCCAGUCUUAACCUGGGUGCUUUGAUAUGUAUCGAGUGUUCAGGGAUCCACCGUAACCUCGGCACCCACCUGUCCCGAGUGCGCUCUCUUGACCUGGAUGAGUGGCCUCUCGAGCUCAUCAAGGUCAUGUCAGCCAUCGGCAAUGACCUGGCAAAUAGUGUGUGGGAAGCCAACGCGCAGGGACGUUUAAAGCUCGCCCCAGAUGCCAGCAGGGAGGAACGAGAGCGUUGGAUCCGAGCUAAGUAUGAGCAGAAGCUGUUUUUAGCAUCCCUGCCAUGUGUGGAACUGACCCUGGGUCAGCAGCUCCUGCGAGCCACCGCUGAGGAGGACCUGCGUUUGGUGGUGCUGCUGCUAGCACACGGUUCACGGGAUGAAGUGAAUGAGACGUGCGGCGAGGGAGACGGUCGCACCGCACUGCACCUGGCCUGCCGCAAAGCCAGCGUAGUGCUCACGCAGCUCCUCAUCUGGUACGGGGUAGACAUCAUGGCGCGAGACGCCCAUGGCAACACAGCCCUGGCAUACGCUCGCCAAGCCAACAGCCAGGAGUGCGUGGACGUGUUGCUGCAGUACGGCUGCCCGGACGAACGUUUCCCGCUCAUGGCCACGCCCAACCUGUCACGACGAAACAACAACCGCAACAACAGCUGCAGCAGCACGAGCAGCGCCGCCCUUAUCUGACCUACGCAAACACUACAUUACACCUAAGAAUGAACCACAUAUGUGCAUAUACACUCAUGAAUACAACCACUUACCCUCCAGCUGACUCUGAUUCUCUCACCGUCCCUCUGUUUCACUGCACACACAGCUUUCUAAUCGAAGAAAAGAAUAUAGUACACUCACUGUAAUAAAUGUCCACCAAGAUAAAGAUGAAACACUAAUAAACCACUUCACCUGACCAAUCCCUGUUUCACCUGCCUAACCAACCUACCCUGUCAGGUGACACCUUGGUGAAUUUGCACCCAGGUGUGAUCUUCAGGCUGACCACUUUUAAUGAAUAAACUCAGUCAGAGCUUGCUGCUGCUUCCAACUAAUGCUGCAAGAUGCAUGAUUGGAGAUAUAGACCUUUUCCGUCCCUUUUCUGUGGCUGAAAUGGACAGGAAGUGACGCAGGAUCCCAGGAGGACCCAAAGAACGUCGGCAGAUGUCUUCUGAACGGUGCUUUCGUCUGCACGUGUCCAUACUUCACCUAAUUUUCAGUGCCCCAAAACCUUCAGUUUAUUGUGAAUAUCAGUUUUUCUACCAAUUUAUGUCCUUCUUUCAUUUUUUAAUAAUGUGAAAAAUACAUGGUCAUAAAAACCAGGUGGGAUAACAUGAAGAGGAAUCGUUUUAAACUUUUUAGAUUAUUCUAAGGAGAUAUUCUUUGUGUGGAGCUCAUUGGGCAUUGAGGACCAGUGCAGGGCUUGUUAUCUAAACCAUUAAUGAUUCCCACUAGUUUUGUGCUUGUAAUCU